AUGGCUUUUGAAGUUAGUGAUUUCGAACUGAUUCAUAAUUUCUUGACAAAGAAAGUCCAGGACGAGCCAUUGCCACAUAAUAACAUUCAGAAUGUCAUCUUCUAUAAUCAUCAACCUUCUCAUUUAGCAAAAACAUUCGAGAAUACCAAAUCAGAGAACUGUGAAUGUUACUUCUUUGCAAAAGCAACUAGGAAGCUUGGCAAAGGGAAUGGAGCAAUUCGUAAAGCUAAGAACGGUUAUUGGAAGGUUAUCGAAAAAGACACUGCCAUAACGUUUGGAAACGAAAUUAUCGGGUAUAAGAAACCGUUUGUUUUUUAUAAAGGUAAGCCGUCUAAAGGGUUGAAAACGGAAUGGGCUAUGUUUGAAUACAGACUUCACGAUAUUCGUCCAAAACUCAAAAUUCAAGAUUACUUCAAGAAGAAGGAUGAAUGGGUUUUAUGCAAAGUGUACAAGAGAAGGGAAUUGGUGGCGAAAAGACUUACUAAACGCGAGAAAGACAGAUUGAAGUUCAGGGGAGUGGCUAAUACUUACAAUCUUUGGAAUGGAAACUAUCGUGUAACGAGAAGGAUCGACUUUGAAUACGAUACCUAUAACAAGUACAAAGGAGGGUGUGGUGGUGGUAGAUGGAUCUAA